AUGAAAACUAUUUUUACACUUUUACUUAUAAUAGGAAUAUGGGCAUAGUAAACAACUAAUAAGAUAAGUUGCCCAGUUAUAGGCAUUGAUUUAGGAACCACAUAUUCUUGUGUGGGUAUAUUUAAAAAAGGAACUGUUGAAAUCAUUCCAAAUGACUAAGGAAAUAGAAUAACUCCUUCAGUUGUAGCAUUUACUGAUGAAGAACGAUUAAUAGGAGAAGCUGCCAAGAACUAGGCUACAUUUAAUCCUUCAAGAACACUUUAUGAUGUUAAAAGAUUGAUAGGAAGAAAGUAAAUUUUCAAUUUAAAUUUAGAUACACAGAUUCAACUGUUCAAUAUGAUAAAAAGUUUAUGCCCUAUGAUAUAGUUGAAAAAGACAGUAAACCUUACAUCAUGGUUUCCAAUAUUAAAGGAGUCUCAUCUAAGAUUUUUGCUCCAGAAGAAAUUUCAGCUAUGGUCUUAAUGAAAAUGAAAGAAAUAUCAGAAACCUACUUAGGAAAGAAAGUAGAGAAUGCUAUAGUAACUGUUCCAGCAUACUUCAAUGAUGCCCAAAGAUAAGCUACUAAAGAUGCUGGAACAAUAGCAGGUUUAAAUGUAUUAAGAGUUUUAAAUGAACCUACUGCAGCAGCCAUAGCUUAUGGUCUUGAUAAGAAAGAUGGUGAGAAAAACAUUCUUGUAUUUGAUUUAGGAGGUGGAACUUUUGAUGUAUCAAUUCUCACUAUCGAUAAUGGUGUUUUUGAAGUUAUAGCUACUUCUGGAGAUACUCACUUGGGAGGAGAAGACUUUGAUUAAAGAGUGAUAGAUCAUUUCUUGAAAGUAAUCAAGAAGAAACAUAAUAAAGAUCUUAGUGGAGAUAAAAGAGUUAUUCAAAAGUUGAAGAGAGAGGUUGAGAAAGCUAAAAGAUCACUCUCAGCUACACAUGAAACUAAACUUGAAAUUGAAGAUUUAGUUGAUGGAUUAGAUUUUUAAGAAAAUCUUACAAGAUCUAAAUUUGAAGAAUUAAAUAAUGAUUUAUUCAAAAAAACUAUUGGACCAAUGUAAUUAGCUAUGGAAGAUUCAAAAUUAAAAAAGACAAAUAUAGAUGAAAUCAUUUUAGUUGGUGGUUCUACUAGAAUUCCAAAAAUUAGAUAAAUUGUCAAAGAAUUCUUUAAUGGAAAAGAACUUAAUACUGGUAUUAAUCCAGAUGAAGCUGUCUGUUAUGGUGCUGCAAUCUAAGGAGCAAUUAUUUGUGGAGACUCUAAUGAAAUUGAUGAUUUUAUUGUGAUUGAUGCUACACCUUUAAGUUUAGGUAUUGAGACUGUUGGAGGAGUUUUAACUAAGAUUAUUCCAAAAGGUUCGUCUAUUCCUAAUAAGAAAUCUUAAAUAUUUACAACUUAUUAAGAUCAAUAAUAAACAGUAACGAUUUCAGUAUAUGAAGGAGAAAGGCCACUUGUUAAAGAUAAUCAUAAAUUAGGGACCUUUGAUUUAACUGGUAUUCCACCUGGCCCAAGAGGAACUCCUUAAAUAGAAGUCACUUUUGAAAUUAAUGCAGAUGGUAUACUCCAAGUUUCAGCUUCAGAGAAGAGUUCAGGAAAAGCUAAAACUAUAUUCAUACAAAACAAUUCUGAUAGAUUAUCAAAAGAAGAAAUUGAAAAAAUGUUAUAGGAUGCAAAAACAUUUGAAAUUUAAGAUAAGAUUGCAAAAGAAAUUAUAGAUUCAAGAAAUUCUUUAGAGAAUUAUAUUUAUUCAAUGAUAAAUUAAAUUGAAGUAAAUUUCAUCUAAUAAAUAUAGGACCCUGAAAAACUAGCAAAUUAAUUAUCAGAUGAUGACAAAGAGACUAUAAGAUAAGCUUUAAAAGAGAGUUAGGAUUGGAUUUAGAAUAAUUAAAACGUUGAAAAAGAAGAUUAUGAAUAAGAGCUAAAAGAAUUAUAAAAGUAAGAUUUUAUCUUAUUAAAUAGAAUCUGCAAUCCUAUUAUUAGUAAACUCCAUUAAUAAGAAAAUAAUGAUUAAAGAUAUUCUUAAGAAAAUUAUGAUUCUGAAUUGUGA